GUGGAAACCCACUGAAAAAGGGUCUUCCGUUGACUUAACGGUAACAUCAUUUUCAGAAAGACCAAGCAAAACCCUCAAAUCUUCGAUCUUCGCACAGGAAAACGGUAAUUUUGCAGCCAAAUCAAUGUCGUCGUCUAUAGUUUACGACGCUUUCCAAUCGAAACGAAUAAAUUUAUUUACAGGAAUAUAGCUCAUCAGAUCGGAUGUGUGGUAGUAACUAUUAUCAAAAGCUGUUGUCGGUUUGGAGGGUUGUUUGAGAUUAUGCAGCUGUCUUUCUUUUUGAAUCUUGUAUUGAGAAAAGUAUUUGGUGAUAUAAUAUAGAAGAAGUCGAGCGUUGUUGUUAUCAAUAUCAAUUAUCAUGGGUUGUUUUUGUUCAACUCCUCCAAAGAGCUACAGAAAGUUACCUUCUUUUGAUCCUGUUGCACUUGCUGCCGAAACCCCAUUUACUGAGAAUGAGGUGGAGGCUCUGUACGAGCUAUUCUCGAAACUAAGCAGUUCUGUUGAUGAUGAUGGGCUUAUAGGGAAGGAUGAAUUCCACCUGGCAUUAUUCAGGGAUUAUGAUAAACGAAACCUGUUUGCAGAUCGGAUAUUUGAUCUUUUUGACGUGAAUAGGAGUGGGCAUAUUGACUUCAGCGAGUUUGUCCGUUCGUUGGGUGUAUUUCAUCCAAAAGCUCCUCAAGCAGACAAAAUUUUGUAUGCAUUCAGAUUAUAUGAUCUAAGACGCACUGGUUUCAUUGAACGAGAGGAGUUGAAAGAGAUGGUUUCGGCUCUUCUUAAUGAAUCUGAUCUUGAUUUAUCAGAUGAUAUAAUCGAAUCAAUGGUAGAUAAGACAUUUACAGAAGCAGAUACCAAAGGUGAUGGUCGGAUUGACCAAGAGGAAUGGAAAGAAUAUGUAGACAAGAACCCUUCAUUGUUGAAGAACAUGACUCUUCCUCAUUUAAUGGACAUAACCUUGAGGUUUCCAAGCUUUGUGAUGACCAGCCAGGUAGAGGAGUCCCACACAACAGACUAAGAUAAGAUGAUGAGGUAAAAAUUGUAAUUGUACUAUAUAUAAGAAUGAAAGAGUUAUCUUUUUUCAAGAUUUGGUUUAGCACAUGAGGCCUCCUUUUAUUGCUUCCGGUUUACAUAAAAAAACAAAUGAGAUUUAUAAUGCUGGAAAAAAUGAUGAUUGUGGAACGAUGAUGGGUAAAAGACUUAUUUAUAUUGCUUUACCCAUAUAUGUAGUGAAGUUUGUUUCUUACCAAUGAACCAAUGGGUAAAAGACUUAUUUAUCCAAAGAAACCAAAUAUAUCCAAAAUUAAUGCACAAAGCAAACCCCAAGAGAUAUCAAAUAUUUGGGCUCAUAACCCAACACACAAUAAACAGUCAUUUACAAUCGGGGUGAUUGUGUAUUAUUAUUAUUUUUUUAUUGAUCAAUAAUUAAACGGAGGUUACAACAUCAUUUAUAAAUGAACAAAAUGAAGAACCAGCAAUCUAGAAGUUUGGCAGGGCUAAAAAUACCCAUCAUUGUCUUAUUCAACACAUUCAAUGUUGAAUAGGGAAGCUCAACAAAACAUUUGUAAUUCCAAAAGUCCGUCUGCCUUAGACGAGUGCCAAACAGUCGGUGCCGACAACACAACAUCAAACAUGUAAUGGAGGUCGAUCGUCUCCAAAGAUUACAAGGGUCAUGAAAUGGUAACAUUUCACAUCACAUAUUACAACAAUCCACCUUCAUAGUAAUGCAUCUACAACCCCCCCCCCCCCCC